AUGCCUCCUUCACCUAGUUCGAGCGCUGCGGCGCAGGCGCAGGCCCACCGCUUGCUCUCUUCAGCGGACGACGAUGAAUGCCGCAAGUACUUCAAGGAGAUGCACGUCGACUUGGAUCGCCCAAAUGGUCAAGGUUGUACGCUGCUCAUCACAGCCUGCGCAUUUGACAGAAGCACACUACUACAGGAGCUUGUGGCAGAAACGACGAACCUGGCAGCCGCCACUACUGCAAAUGCAAACAACGCGCUGCAUUUUGCUGCGCUAUCGACACAUCCAGACAUGCUGCGUUCGCUCAUUACGGCAGACGUCGACAGGUGGCAGCAUUUGAUCAAUACUGCUAACGCCAACGGCGACACACCUCUCAUGGUGGCGUGUACCACGAAAUGCGUGGAAGGGGUCGAGGCUCUUCUUGCGCAUGGGGCUGACGUGACUGCGACCAACCGUGCCCAUGUCACUGCGUUGAUGUGUGCUGCCAAGAGCGAGAGUGCAACGUCGUCGGCGUCCGUCCUUGUCAUACAACGAUUGCUUGCUGCUCCUGGGAUUUCAUCCAGCGUAAAUGCUACGAAUUUGGACGGGAACACAGCGCUCCACUUCUCGGUCGAGAGUUGCAACCCUGGCGCCACGCGAGCAUUGCUAUCAGAUUCGUCUCUCGACUGCAGCAUUCGCAACCGACACGGACUCACCGCUUUGGAGCUGGCAAGAGCCAUGCAACGCCAGCUCGGGCUUGGUCCCUCCGCGCGUAUUGGCAUUUCCCAAGUGAUCGAAGCACUCGAACUCGCUUGGGCAAAUCUGGAAGCCGCCAUUGAAAUGCGGAGUCAAGAGCUGCUCUUGAGCUUUGCAGAUGAUGAAAUCUUGGCGGAUAGCAGUCACUCAACUAGCAGCAAGACAUCGUCAACUUCAGCCAUACAGCCCAAGAAGAAGGUGAAAAAGAAGAAGCAGAAACGUCCAAAGGGCAUCGACAUACGAAGUGCCGACGACGGCGCGGAGGCUCUGUGUCAUGCCAGAGGUGACAGACGGGUGCAUGCUGGUGAGUUGCAAGACGGAGGCGUUCCCGCGACGGAUCGCACGGAGGUAGUUGACAUCAUCCGAGACACAGCAGAGAGCCGCCUGCGUCAUGACACCGAAGCUGACGACGAUCCAAACGAUGUGUGCGUGGAUCUGGAUCAGUUUUUCGACACUUUUUCCCUAUUUCGAACGAUGGAGAUCUCCCUUGCCCACUUUGCCCUGCAAGAUUUGGAUGGGCUGAGCAUGUCUCAGUUAGAAAUGCUCCAAGACGCCCACAUGCAAGCUUUCACCGUCCUAAAUGACAAAAAGGUCCAAGUCGCCCGACAACUCGAAGCCGACCGCAUCCACGCCGCGUACGAGUUGGAGCAGCACAUUUUGAGCCUGCCAUAAACGUCUGCAAAAGUACAUAACCUAAACAUCCACAUGGCAUCAUGGA